AUGUCCGAGAUCACUAAUGAAACUUCCGGAGAGGGCACUUUGACUAACAACAUUCAAGAUUAUGGGUAUGAUGUUACCAACCAUCUCUCUCUCUUUCUAUGUGUUGCAAACUAUGAGAAACUUCAUCCAGGUUGGAGUCAUUUAGCUCUGUUUACUGUAGCUGUGGAGCAUACAAAUCCAAAGAAAUCGAAGUCUUCAGAUACGGUUCACCAGUUUUGGAAGAAAGAGCAUGAUUGGGGAUGGAAACAGUUUAGUGAGUUACCAAGAUUACAUGAUGGAUUCAUAAAUAAGUUUGGUGAUCUUGUAUUUAAAGCUCAAGUUCAAGAAGGAACUUGUUAGAGUUUAUUUCAAAUCUGUAGAGGAAAAGUUCCGGAGCUUUGUGGAAGAGAAAAGAAGCAAGUUUGUGAAGUUGUUUGACGACAAAACCCGAUGGAGGAGCUUAUGUGCCUUUGGUUAAAGAUGAAACCAACUUCGAGGCUCGAGAUGUCUCGAGAGAAUAAGGAUGUGAUUCUAAAACUAGUUGUGAAACACUUCUUCAUCAAGAACGAACUUACAUCCACUUUGGUGAUGGACUUCUUGUUUUAUGGGUUAAAGUCUCUUAAAGAGAAUAAGAGCCAUUUAGAAAGACUUGUAAAAGUGGUUGUGAAAGAAUUGAUCCGCAGUAACCAAGUUGAGUCCGCUAUGAAGAGUCUUGAAGACUCCACUAAGAAUGACAGAGAAAAUGAUGACAAAGAACUCGCUUUGAGCACUCUUGAUGAAGACGAAACUAAGACUGAGAGAACAACUGAUGCCAAUAAGUUUCCAGCUGUAAUUGCUAACGUGGACAAUGAUAUGUGUAUUGUCAAAGAACCGAUGUUACUUCUAAAGAGAUUUGUUCUUGCGCCAUUGCCUGAAAUGGGUUCUCCAAAGCUUGUGCAGCUUAGGAGUGCUGCAUCACAGAAUGAUAUGGAGCCCGAUGAGAAGCAAUUAGCUGAUUUUGGUAGAUUGGCUUUGGAGGUAUUUGUUCUUGACCAUAUCUUCUGCAACAAAAUUGAAUUCGCAUACGAAGACGCUAUUGCAUUGGAUAGGCAGGAAGAGCUUAUUCAUGAAGAAGAGCUUAUAGAUAAAGUAAAAAAAUGUUUUGUUGGGAAAAAAAAAUGA